AUCUAUUAGGAAAACAGUGUUAAAUCGUAUGUGCGCCGUGUAGGUCGUAUUGUGUAUAAUAAUAUUGUGUAUAACAAACCGCCUGGGUCAUGUUUUCGUCGUCCACCACCGAAUGGUGGAUUUAUAUCGCCACGUCGUUUUUGGUCGCGGUAACGGUCAUUUAUUAUUUUUGCAUUUCGACGUUUAAUAAAUGGGAAAAACUAAACGUCCCUUACAUUAAACCGAUUCCGUUGUUCGGUAACUUCUUGAACGUGGCUAAGGGUAUAGACCAUAUACUGGAUUUUUACAAUAAUCACUAUAAAGAGUUUUCUGGUCACAAAUACGGAGGACUGUUCCAGAUGAGGACACCGUAUUUGAUGAUCCGCGAUCCAGAACUGAUCAACCACGUGCUAAUUAAAGAUUUUUCGACGUUCCCCAAUCGUGGUGUUUACUCGGACUUCUCGGCAAAUCCGUUGUCGGACAACUUGUUCUUCAUGGAAAAUCCUCAGUGGAAAACAAUAAGAAGCAAAUUGUCACCUGCGUUCACAUCCGCAAAACUCAAGAUAAUGUAUGACCAGAUCAAAGAGUGUAGUAAAAUAUUAAUGGAAAAUAUCAGAAAAGAUUUAAAGGAAAACAACAACCAAAUAGAAGUAAGAGACAUUAUGGGAAAGUAUUCGACCGAUGUCAUCGGCACAUGUGCUUUCGGGCUCAAGUUAAACGCCAUAAGCGAUGAUGAAUCCGCAUUUCGUAAGUACGGAAAAUCAAUAUUUAUACCUUCACUUAGAACGCUUUUCAGAGAGUUGUGUUUGAUGAUCAGUCCUGCACUUUUAAAAGUUGUAAGAUUUAAAGAUUUUCCAAACGACGCGACUGUAUUUUUUUUCGACGCGUUUAAAGAAACGAUAGCGUAUAGACUAGAAAAUAAAAUUGUCAGAAACGAUUUCGUUCAUUAUUUACUGCAAGCAAGAAACGAUCUAGUUUUGAAUGAAAAUUUGCCCAAACGUGAAAAGUUUACAGAAAAACAAAUUGUAGCAAAUGCUUUUGUAAUGUUUGCUGCUGGGUUUGAAACUGUAUCAUCGUCUUUAAGUUAUUGUUUAUAUGAACUAGCUUUGCAUAAACCUAUUCAAGACAAAGUGCGUGAAGAAAUUCAAUCAAAAAUAUCUAAAGGUGAUGGACAAAUUGACAGUGAGUUUUUGAUGGAUCUCAAUUAUUUGGAAAUGGUUAUAGCAGAAUCACUCCGUAAGUAUCCACCUUUAAUUGCUUUGUUCAGAAUGGCUUCACAAACAUACCGUGUACCCAAUGACUCAUUAACAAUCGAAAAAGGUCAAAAACUAGUAAUUCCAAUUUAUUCACUGCAUUACGAUAGUAAAUAUUAUCCGGAUCCUCAAAAAUACGAUCCAGAAAGAUUUUCACCCGAGGAAAAAGCUAAACGGCCUAAUGGUACUUAUCUUCCGUUUGGCGAUGGACCUAGAAGUUGUAUAGGAAAACGUUUUGCCGAGGUGGAAAUGAAAUUGGCGUUGGUCGAGUUGUUAACCAAAUUUGAAGUGUUUCCUUGUGAAGAAACCGAUAAUCCAUUAACGUUUGCGAAUAAAUCUUUAACUUUGGUGCCGAAAAAUGGUAUUUGGUUAAAAUUUAAAAAAAUUGAAUAACUUUAAUUAAGGGUUAUGUCACAUAGUUAUUGAUUUAAGUUAAAAAAAUUAAUAGUUUGUAUCCUAAGAAAUAUGUAUUGUAUUUUAUUUUCCAUAAUAUAAAUUAUAUAAUGUAUAGGUAAUUUUAUACAUUUUUAUAAAUUUAUCUAUUAUAAUUUUUUUAAAUAUUUUAUAAAACUUAAGUAUAUAGGCUUAAAUUUACUUUUUAAAUGAAGUAUUUGAUAAAUGUAUUCAAUUAUUUAGUAAGAUACCACUAGACAAUUUUUAAAUAUAGAACAAAAGAAAUAAACAUUUUUUGGAAAAAUAAGUUCCAAAUAAAAAUUAUAUUUCAAACGAUAUAUACAAAUAUGCAAUUUUAUUGUUUAAACGCCGACAGGCGUAUGUGGUUUUUUUUUUAAUAUACUAAAUAUUUGAAUAUUAUAUUGUUUAGGUUUUGAACAUUUAAAACAUGUCAUAAUACAUUACAUGUCAUAUUUUUUCUA